AUGGAACAGCAGGGUACUGUCCUGUUCGCCCUGUAUGCUAGGAGGUCACAAGGUGUAAUUAUCUCCCCCUACCGUCAGAACUACGGGACAGAAGACAUCGACAACGACCAAGACGGUGACGACGACCAAGACAACGACAAAGACAACGAUGACGACGACGACCAAGACAACGUCCAAGAAAAUGACCAAGACGAAGACGGUGACGACGACCAAGACAACGACAAAGACGACGAUGACGACGAUGACGACCAAGACAACGACCUAGACGAUGACGACGACCAAGACAUCUGCAACGACGACGACGACCACAACAACGACAAAGACGACGACGACCAAGACAACGACAAAGACGACGACAACGAUCAAGACAACAACAAAGAUGAUGAUGAUGAUGACGACGACGACCAAGACAACGACCAAGACGAUGACGACGAAUAA